AUGGCCCCGAAGGCGCCGAGGAAACGCGCCAGAUACUGCUGCGGCCUCUGCGGCCUCCCAAAGAAGGGCCAUAUCUGCCGCUUCGCCGGCGGAUCGUCUUCGGCGAGGGUGGUGCAGGGCCGAGAAGAAGCGGCGCCGCCGACGGACCCUGCUCCUGCUGGCGCCAAGGAGGAGGUCACCAUCAUCACCGCCCUCCCAAACGACGUCCUGGGCACCAUCAUCUCCGCGCUCCCCAUCGACGAGGCCGCCCGCACAAACGCCAUCUCCAAAGGCUGGAAACACCUCUGGCACGACUACACUCCACUCAACCUCGACGACCGUGACCUCCACAAAAUGGCCUGGACCGGAGACAACCUAGUCGACCUUAUCUCAGACAUCCUCAAGGCUCCACGCGAGGUACGCGCCCGUCGUCUUUCUCUCAGCACGCUUUGCCGUCACUCGGGCGACCGAGACCGCUACCCCAUCUUCGACCGCUGGUUCCGAUCCAAGGUUCUCGAUCAGCUCCAGGAUUUUCAUUUCAGCUACCAGCGGGUGAACAACACCGAACCACUUCAGGCUGGCGACUUGAUGCCACCGCUGCCGCCAUCCGCGCUGAGCUUUUCCUCCCUCCGCGUCGCCAGCUUUGGGUGCUGCCAUUUCCCUGAGAAUAUCUUAGCCUCGGGCGGCAUCAGUUUCCCAUAUCUCAUCGACCUCACUCUCUGCCGGAUCACAAACUCCGAGAACACACUCCACACCAUGAUCGCCGCAUCUCCAAAUCUCUUCAGCUUGUACCUUCACAGAAACUAUCACUUCCGCCGCGUCCACAUCAGCUCGCAAACUAUUGUAAGGUUCCGCAUGUUCAUUGACCCAGAUAGUGAUGUGAUGGAAGAACUCCUCAUUGUCAAAACUCCAAACUUAGAGGAACUGAUGCUCUGGGAGCAAGGUUAUUGUGGUCCACAAAUCAUACGUGUCCUCGUUGCCCCAAAACUUCACAUCUUGGGUUGCCUGCACAGUGAUAUCAUGUCCACCGUACAGCUUGGGAUGACAAUGCUCCAGGCAAUGCUUGACAGCAGUCUAGUGUCAUCGCUGCAUAAUGUAAAGAUCUUGAAGCUCGUUCUCCAUGGUCUUAGGUUAAAUCAUGUCAUUGACGUCCUCCAAUGCUUUCCCUGCUUACAACAGCUUCACAUAAAUACACUGAUGAGCCAUAUUCCAAACAAGCAGAACGACAAUCCAGCUGCUACUACUGUUGAGUGUGUUGAUAGACAUUUAAAGCAAGUAGUAGUGAGAAAUUAUUCAGGCAAGAAACCUGAUUAUAACUUUGCCAAGUUUUUUGUUUUGAACGCAAGAGCGCUAGAGUCCAUGAAGCUCCAUGUCCCUUUUAGCUGGAACAACGAAUGGCGCUCUAGACAACGUAUCAAGAUGGAUUUUAAGAACAGAGCUUCUCCAAAUGCUUUGGUUUAUUUUGAGGGUACCGAGUGA